UUCUUUUCUCUCUCUCUCUCUCUACGUUUCUCAGAGAGUAUCUAAUCUCUCUCUCCUCUCUUUCCAUAUUAUCAUGCGUUUCAUCAAAAUUUGGUAAUCUUUUUUUUUUUUAAGAAACUGAUCUCUUUCUUUCUUCAUUUCUGAGCUUUUGAGAGAAUACAAAAAUGUCAUCUGGAUUUCCCGGCGGCGGUGGUGGUGGACCGGAGUUUUUCAAUGGUGGUGGUGGUAGAUCUGUUAUACCUGGAGGUCCUGGAACUGUAAUCAACGUUGGUAAUAAUAAUAAUAUUCAACCGACGUAUAGGAAUCAGGUUCCUGGUAUGUUUCUUGAUCAGAUCGGGAACAGAGUCGCCGCCGGUCAUGGAUUCGCCGGAAAACGUACGUUAGCUGAUUUUCAAGCGGCUCAGCAACAUCAACAUCAGCAGUAUCAGCAACAACAACAACAGCAACCGUUUUAUAAUCAAGCAGCUCUCAACGCGUUUCUUCUAAGGUCCGUGAAGCCUAGAAAUUAUCAGAAUCAUCUUCAAUCUCCGUCGCCGGUGAUCGAUCUCACGUCGUUGAAUGAUAUCAGUUUCUCUCAGCGUUACGGCUUACCGGUUCUCCGGUCUCAGACGACGACGCAGCAAUCGGACUUAGGUUUAUUUGGUGGGAUCCGUAUGGGAUACGGGUCCGGUGAUAACACUAAUAACAAUUUGACGUUAACCGGCGUUCCUUGUAUCGAACCGGUUCAGCAGAACCGGGUUCAUGAAUCGGAGAACAUGUUGAAUAGUUUAAGAGAGCUUGAGAAACAGCUUUUAGAUGAUGACGACGAUGAGAGUGAUGCACAAGGAGGUGGUGAUGAUGACGUGUCAGUUAUUACGAAUUCAAAUUCCGAUUGGAUUCAAAAUCUCGUGACUCCGGAUCCGAACCCGAACCCGAACCCGGUUAUGACUUCUUCACCGAGCUCUUCUUCUUCGUCUUCUUCGCCUUCUACAGCUUCGACGACGACAUCGGUAUGUUCGAGGCAAACGGUUAUGGAAAUCGCGACGGCGAUUGCGGAAGGGAAGACGGAGAUAGCGUCGGAGAUACUGGCGAGUGUUUCACAGACGCCGAAUUUGAGGAGGAACUCGGAGGAGAAGCUUGUGGAUUUCAUGGUGACGGCGCUUCGUCAUCGGAUUAAUAAUCCGGCUGAGAGUCUACCUUCUCCGGCGACGGAAUUGUACGGGAAGGAGCAUUUACUCUCGACUCAAUUGCUUUACGAGCUAUCUCCUUGUUUCAAACUCGGUUUCAUGGCGGCGAAUCUCGCUAUCCUCGACGCCGCCGGUAACAAUGACGAAGGGGUGAUAAAUCUCCACGUCAUCGAUUUCGAUAUCGGAGAAGGUGGACAAUACGUACACCUUCUCCACGCGCUGUCGACGCGACGAAACGGUAACAGUCAAAAUACGAAGACUCCGGUGGUUAAGAUCACCGCUGUGACGAACAACAGCGACGGAUUUGUGGUAGGAGACGGAGGGGAAGAGAGGUUAAAAGCAGUCGGAGAUCUGUUGAGCCAACUCGGUGAUCGACUCGGUAUCUCGGUGAGUUUCAACGUGGUGGCGAGUUUAAGACUCGGUGAUCUAAGCCGUGAAUCACUAGGAUGUGAUCCCGACGAGCCAUUAGCAGUGAACUUAGCUUUCAAGCUUUAUCGUGUUCCAGACGAAAGCGUAUGCACGGAGAACCCAAGAGACGAGCUUCUCCGCCGCGUGAAGGGACUUAACCCGCGCGUGGUGACUAUAGUGGAGCAAGAGAUGAACUCCAACACGGCGCCGUUUUUAGGGAGAGUGAGCGAGUCUUGCGCGUGUUACGGUGCGUUGCUCGAGUCGGUGGAGUCGACGGUUCCUAGUUCGAAUACGGACCGGGGAAAAGUGGAGGAAGGGAUAGGACGGAAGAUAGUAAACGCGGUGGCGUGCGAAGGAAUGGAUCGGAUAGAGCGGUGUGAGGUGUUCGGGAAAUGGAGAAUGAGGAUGAGCAUGGCAGGGUUUGAGUUGAUGGCAUCGAGUGAGAAGAUAGCUGAGUCGAUGAAGAGUAGACUGAGUAAUAAUAACGGAAAACGAGUUCACUCGGGUUUUACCGUUAAAGAAGAUAACGGAGGUGUGUGCUUUGGUUGGAUGGGACGGACACUCGCUGUCGCAUCUGCUUGGCGUUAACUUCACACUCUUUUUUUUUUUUUGUUCUUCUUAUUAUAAUUGGAUUAUUACCAUAUCAUAUUAUUAUUAUAAUUGUUGUUCUUAAUUUUCUCAGGAUAUAUUCUGAUAUUAUAAUCAUUGUGAUUUUCCAUU